UGGACUUGCUCGGUAUAAUAGGAAAAUGUUCUUCAAUAUGGACAAAUCGUGAUAGAAUUACGAUAGAAAUACCAAUUAAGAUAUGAAUAGAAUAAGUACGAUAUGUAUGGCGUGAUAUUGAAAUUUAACUUCGAUGAAAUACUUAAAGGCAGUCAAAAUCAUGGCUGUCUUGUAUGUAUUGCGAUUUUUAUAGUUGAAAUUUGGAUUUUAAAAUCAAUAUAUAGAUACCUUUGGUCAAUAUUGAGAAUUGAAUGCUGUGGGCGGAAUAAAAACAGUUCGGAUUUAUGCGAUCACAUCUACAAUUUUCUCAAGAUAUAGUGCAACGACAUACAAGAACACGAAAGUAAAGACUACUUAUUUGCGAGUAACUUCAUUGUCUGAGGUUACAAAAGUGUCAAAAGCAAGUAACUCCAGAGUGGAGAAAAGCACAAACAGGUUGAAUGUUGAAGUACAAAGAGUGUCCUCUUUUACGACAGUAAAACGUCCAGUUAUUAAGAAGAGAAAUGAAGAUAAAGGUUUCAAACUAUUUUCCGGACCAAGUAAACCAAAACAUAAUGGAUUGACUUUAGACGUUUUGCAAUAAUUGACGCCAUUUAAAAAUGGCGUCGAUUUAGUAACGCAAGAGUCACGUGAUCUGUUGCUGAACUGCAUAAAACUACACCCAAGUGUUCACGAAGUAUUUUUUCCGGAAGUGACGAAAGAUCCCCGAAUAACCGACGAAGAUUUACGGGGAUUUCCGAUUCACAGCCUGUCGGUUGCAGUCAUUUGCGAGGCCAUUUCAAAAGGAGAUGAUCCGUACAAGUUUUACUGUAUGAUCGAAAAGAAUUACUUGGAAAGUGUGCUGACUGAACUGUAUACUAGCGUACAUUGGAAGAAAUUGGUGUUCUCCAUGUACUGCGCUCUGUACCCGUCCGUAGUGAGAGACGCACGGACGAACAUCAGUUUGCAAGACUUCAUUGACGAUGAUGGGCCGGAGUGGGCGGAGCGUAUAAUUGAGCGCAUGACGGAGCCCUCUUGGACGAUGGGAUGGGUGCAGAAAAUAGUCCGCGGUCAUGUGACAGAGGAGGAAUACAACAUGGCGAUGAACACACUGUUCGUCAAAUUGCACAUGUUGGACCCGCAGUCUGUCAUUCCGACCUUUCAUCUGCUGAAUCACAUCCGAGCUCUCCCGGAAUGCAACCUAGAGCUGGCCACCCGGGACUACCUCGGAGGCCCACUGGACGCUGCGGCGCUCAGCGCGCAUGCGCGGACGGCCGUAACAAAGAAGACCAUGCCUAGCAACGGCGCCUCGCGCAUGAGCCUCGAUAAGAUCGAAGUUUUUUACGGCAUUGACGUCGAGGAGUUUAUAAUGACGGAAGCGCGUAAGGUCGGCGUAUGGAACGGGCGACGUCCCGACAAUAAAAGAACUAGUGACCUCCUGGAUUGAUGCAGCGUCAUGUAAUCUCGUGAUCACAUUUGGCGGUUUCCGGCUAUCGUCGAAAAAAUGCGCUUGCAUCC